AUGGGAGUGCCUGCGCGGGGAGCACUCGCGGCGAUUGUCGCCAUAAGCGCAUUCGCUGUUUAUUUAAAUAGCCUUAAUUGCGGCUUCGUUUUUGAUGAUAUUUCAGCGAUAAAGGAUAAUCGUGAUCUCAGGCCUCAUACACCUUUAAAAAAUGUUUUUUACAAUGAUUUCUGGGGUACUCCUAUGCACAAGGAGCAAUCGCACAAAUCAUAUAGGCCUUUGUGUGUUCUCACAUUUCGAUGGAAUUACUUAAUUCAUCAAUUGGAUCCUAUGGGAUAUCACCUACUUAAUGUUAUUCUACAUAUUGGAGUAUGCUUAUUAUAUUUCAGGACUUGUUUGAUGUUUCUAUCUGAUUCUGCAACUUUUGUGUCUUCUCUUCUGUUUGCGGUUCAUCCUAUACAUACAGAAGCAGUUACAGGAGUGGUCGGAAGAGCAGAAACAUUGUCCUCCUUAUUUUACUUAGCGGCUUUAAUCACAUAUACUAAAUGCUGUAGAAGUAGAAGAUCUACAGGAUGGAAAUCUUUGAUAUUAUCUAUGUUUUUUGUUUUCACUGCUAUGUUAUGUAAAGAACAAGGAAUAACAGCUACUGCAGUUUGUGUAUUUUAUGAAAUUUUUGUUGUACAAAAGAUAAGAGCAGUGGAUAUUUUCCUAACAUUAAAGGCAGCUUUUGGUGGAAAAAAAAUAUCACUUACUUGGUCCAGUGAAGGUACAAAACGAUUGACGGUCCUUACGCUUGUUACAUUUAGUUUACUUAUUCUUCGACUACAUGUAAUGGGCUCAAAGUUACCUGUAUUUACCAGAUUUGACAAUCCCGCGUCAGUGGCCCCAACGCCAAUAAGACAGCUUACCUAUAAUUACCUCGCAGCAGUUAAUUUAAGACUACUAUUUCUUCCAAGCGAUUUAUGCUGUGAUUGGACUAUGGGAACGAUACCGUUGAUAGAAAGUUUUUCGGAUCCUCGCAAUCUUGCUACUAUAGCAACUCAUACAACCAUAUUAGGAUUACUGAUAACAGCCAUUUUAACACCUAAUAGACAAACUUCCAUUAUUCUUAUAAUGAGUUUGGCUAUGAUGGUACUUCCAUUUUUACCUGCCUCAAAUCUUUUCUUCCCAGUAGGAUUUGUCAUUGCUGAAAGAGUAUUGUAUGCUCCAUCUAUGGGAUUUUGUAUGCUUAUUGGAUAUGGAUGGAGCAUUUUAUGCGAUAAAAAAUUUAAGAAAUUAACACUAUUUUUAUUAAUAACUCUUUUGGCUGCACAUACAACAAAAACCUUUAUGAGAAAUUACGAUUGGUUAGAUGAAUAUUCCAUAUUUAUGUCAGGAUUAAAAGUAAACGAUCGCAAUGCCAAAUUAUUUAACAAUGUUGGGCAUGCUUUGGAAAGUCAAGGAAAAUUCAAGGAAGCAUUGAAUUUCUUCAAUAUGGCUGUGCAAGUUCAAGGCGAUGAUAUUGGUGCACAUAUUAAUGUGGGUAGAACUUAUAAUCAUCUGAAGAUGUUCAAAGAAGCUGAAGAUGCAUACCUAAAAGCAAAAUCUUUAUUACCAAAAGCAAAACCUGGAGAGUCUUAUCAAGCGCGAAUAGCUCCAAAUCACUUGAAUGUUUUUGUAAAUUUAGCAAACCUAAUAGCGAAGAAUGCAACUAGGUUAGAAGAAGCUGAUCUGCUUUAUAGGCAAGCCAUUAGUAUGCGCGCAGAUUAUACGCAAGCGUAUAUUAACCGAGGCGAUGUUUUAAUUAAACUUAAUCGUACCAAAGAAGCCCAGGAAGUUUAUGAACGAGCUCUUUUUUACGAUAGCAACAAUCCAGAUAUUUAUUAUAACCUUGGAGUUGUAUUUCUUGAACAAGGAAAAGCAUCUCAAGCCCUAGCAUAUCUUGACAAAGCUCUUGAAUUUGAUCCCGAACAUGAACAAGCGUUACUAAAUUCAGCGAUCUUACUUCAAGAAUUAGGACGCGCCGAACUACGAAAAGUAGCCAGAGAAAGACUUCUAAAACUCUUACGAAAAGAUUCCAAUAAUGAAAGAGUUCAUUUUAAUCUUGGAAUGUUAGCUAUGGAUGACCAUGAUAGCGGAAGUGCAGAAAGAUGGUUUCGCAAUGCUGUUGCACUCAAAGAAGAUUUUCGUUCUGCUUUAUUUAAUUUGGCUCUUUUAUUAGCAGAUGAACAACGUCCUCUUGAAGCUGCUCCAUUUUUAAAUCAAUUGGUUAGAUUUCAUCCGGACCAUGUUAAAGGAUUAAUCCUUUUAGGUGAUAUUUACAUAAAUAAUAUAAAAGAUUUGGAUGCUGCUGAAAAUUGUUACCGUAGAAUUCUGCAGUUGGAUCCAACAAAUAUUCAAGGUCUUCAUAAUUUAUGUGUUGUAAUGGUUGAACGUGGUAAAUUGGGCUUAGCUGCACAAUGUCUGGAACGUGCAGCAGCUCUAGCACCUCAUCAGGAUUAUGUACAUAGACAUUUGGCUAUUGUUAAGGCUCGUAUCAGUAGAUUAUCUCCAGAACAACGUGAUACAGAAGUGUUUGACGAUUCUUUUUGGCAAAGUGGUCCCAAAGAAAGAAACUUUAACAUGGGAGAUAUUUCCAACAGUAAUAGUAUUGGAAGUACUAGUGGCACAAGUGGUCUCAAUAAUAUGGAAAAUAGCCAGUUUUUAGGCAAAACGGAUUCUGUUUUUUCAAAUCAUCAUAAUCAUAUUGGUCAUAAAAGAAAUACAGAUUCAACGAAUCAUAUGGUGCAUCUGAAAAGUUCAUCAAAACCUGCAAGAGUUACAUUGACUGAAAUGAAGCCGGAAGUAAAAAAUACGCACAUCGAUCAUGAUAAAUCAAGUGCUAAUUUGAAUAAUCAACAAGAAUAUUCCUCUGGAAAUUUUUUUAAUAAAAAUAUGAACUCAGAUGCAACGGAAUUGACAAUCGAUCGAGAACGUGCGAUUAAUUCGGAAAAAUUUGAUAGGACUGCACCAGCAUUUUCAACAAACGGAAAGCAUGGAACUAUACGUCGAAAGGAUACUGCACUUUCAUAGUACUGAUAUUUGAAAAUUACGCCGAAUAUUGUAUAAAGUUAUAUUCUAUAUAUAACGAAAAAAUAUGGUGGUACAGUCGUAUAGAGCUAAUGUGUGAAUAUAAAAUAAAUACAGAGUAUUGUUUUAUAUGCUGUACGAAUAGAAUGUUUUGUAAAAUAUAUUUAAAAAAUGUGCAUU